UCUCUCUCUCCCUUUCUUUCCCACACCCCUCACCUCUCUGAAGGGUUUAAUGUUACACCCACUGUGAGACUUUACCUGCCAGGUGAACGACGGUGCUGAAAGUGAACUUUGCUGGGGAUGUUAUAUCUCAUCUGCUAAUGACCUCCAAACCAGAUUCAGCAUGACAUCUUAAGUCCUGCCCUUCAGAUGAGCAUCAAGGAGGAGAACGUAGAGUCCUGAAGUUGCCAAGGCAAUGGCUGAAGCAGCUCCUUUACCUCUCUCCCCAUUUGACCAUGCGGUCUAUUCCCCGCCUCCUGACCUGUGUGCAUCAUGUGGCCUCAGUCACAAGUUGGAGGAGAAUCAUGAGUUUGUGUAUCAGGAAGAGGUGGACGAUGACCUUGUGUGUCACAUCUGUCUGCAGCCGCUCAUCAGGCCUCUGGACACGCCUUGCGGGCACACCUACUGCCAGGAGUGCCUCACCAGUUUCCUGCUGGAGAGCGAUUUUUGCCCCGUGUGCCGGACUCCCCUCAUGCUGCAGAGCUGCAGGAGGCCUAGCCUGCUGGUACACAAGCUGCUGGACAAGCUGACUGUAGCCUGUCCCUUCACUGACUAUUGCACUGAGACACUGCCUCGUGGUGAUCUGGAAAACCACAUCAAAAACAGGUGUAAAGGAGCCUCCCACUAUGGGCUCUCAGCGGACAGAAAGAGACGCUCACAGGAGGGUGAGUGCACCGACAGCACAUCAGAGCUCACCGUUGCCACGCUGCCCAGUGAUGGCCCCACCUCCGCCGCUGUGGCUCUGCUGUCAGAUGAACCCGGCCUGGUCAACCCGGCCUUUGACCCCAGCAUGGAGGACAACAGUCAGUCAGGCAGCAUGACCAGCCUGGCUGCUGGCAGCAGCAGCAAAAAGCUCAGGAAUUUUGACCGUUCUUCAGUGAGGAGCCGCUCCUUCAGGAGGCUGAACCGGGCCUUCAGUGUUCUCCGGAGAACCAAGAGUGGCACCGCAGUCAGCAAUGAAACAUCUGAAGAGAGGGACAAUGCCAGGAAUUCCAGUGUGCCACCAGAAGUGCUGGCUCUCCCUCAGCUGCAUCACCUGAUCCCCGACGGUGAAGUUACCAGUAUCAAAAUCACACGGCAGGAUCCCUCAGAUCCACUGGCCAUCAGCAUUGUGGGCGGCAAUGAGACCCCACUGGUGCGCAUCCUCAUCCAGGACAUCUACAGAGAGGGCGUCAUAGCCCGGGAUGGCCGCUUGCUGCCAGGAGACAUGGUUUUAAAGGUGAACGGCAUUGACAUAAGCAACGUGCCUCACUCCUACGCUGUUACGACCCUGAGGCAGCCCUGCCAACUCCUGCGGCUGACUGUGCUCAGAGAGCAGAGACACCGCUACCGCUCACACUCGCAUGGCCACCCUCACGGGCAUGGCCACGAUGUUGCUGGGGGGCUGCCUCAUCCCGUCAGAGAUGACAGUGUGCACGUGGUCCUGAACAAAAACACUCCAGAUGAACAGCUGGGCAUCAAGCUCGUGCGGCGAGCAGAGGAACAUGGCGUCUAUAUCUUUCAUCUGCUAGAGGGAGGGCUGGCGGCACGUGACGGACAGUUGUGCACUGGUGACCGAGUGCUGGCUAUCAACGGGCACGAUCUUCGUUACGGGGCGCCAGAGCACGCUGCUCUGCUCAUUCAGGCAAGUGAACAGCGCGUCCACUUCAUAGUGUCUCGUCAGAUAUGCCUGCCCGCCUCAGACAUCCUCCAAGAAGCUCCAUGGGGCAUGGAAGGUCCCCCACCUUAUUCUCCAGUGGAUAUAGAGCAAACACUGCUGGACUCUUGUCAGAAGCCAGCGUGCUAUGAGAAGACGGUUACUCUCACCAAGGAGCCGUACGACUCUCUGGGAAUGACGGUGGCAGGAGGAAUGUCCAGCCGAGGGUGGGACCUUCCCAUCUAUGUCACCAACGUGGACUCUGAUGGCGUGGUGGGACGGGAGGGCUCUAUUCGCAAAGGUGACAUUUUGCUGAAUGUGAACGGGCUGGAUUUGACGGGGGUGACCCGAGGCGAGGCUGUGGCGAACUUGAAGAACACCUCCUCCCCUGUCGUGCUAAAAGUCUUGGAGAUGCGUCCUCCAGGGGACAGCCUGCAUGAGUGUUUGCUGCCGCCUUGUCUCACGUCGUCCCCCACAGACAGCACCAAGAGCCCACUGCCGAACGACGAUUACUCUCCACAGUGGGUUUCAUGGCUGCAGCUUCCAAGACAUCUCUACUACUGCAAAGACAUCGUCCUGCGGCGGAGCACCUCAGGCAGCCUGGGCUUCAGUAUUGUAGGAGGUCAGGAGGAGGUCAACUGCAAUCAAUCUUUUUUUAUCCGCUCAAUCGUGGAGGGGACUCCAGCCUACAACGAUGGCAGGAUAAGAUGUGGGGACAUCCUGCUUGAGGUGAAUGGGAAGAGUACAUGGGGAAUGACGCACACGGCUUUGGUUCGCCUCCUGAAGGAGCUUCGGGGGAGGAUCACGCUGACCAUCGUCUCCUGGCCAGGCAGCCUGCUGUAACGGCGCUCCGAGCCACCCAGCACCGUUUCAGUGGCACUGGCCGGGGGUUGUUGGGGCUGUAGACUGGCCGACCACCCUAAGCUCGCAGCGGGGGGAGAAACUCAGGACUUAGCUGCUUUAUGGGUGCCGCCUGUCAGAUGGGCAGUUGAGACUGCCGGGAGUUUGCAGGGGUUCAGAUAAGAGACUGAAUUAUUCCCAGAGGGUUAAUGUGUCCCUAUGGGAAUGCUACACAAGAGGGAUCCAGGCUGGACCCACUUCUGACUGUCAUCUGUUUGGAGGACGUUGUCGGUGUCCGGAACAACAUUCAGCGAGUGGGGUGGGAGGAUCGAGAGGAGACGCAACUUGUUGCCAAUUUCAGUAGUUAUGUAUUAGGCUAUGCGAUGAGCUGGACUAACAUUUGUAAAUGUUGGGUGUUAAAAAAAUAUUGAUCCAAGCACUUGUAAUGUUUUUUUUGUUUGUUUGUUUAUUGUAUGGCCUUUAAAUGUAGGCUUUAUUCUAUUUGCACUGACAGUGGUUGUCAGCUUCAUCUGUUGAGCUGAAGACAUGUUGCCAAGUAGUAGUCUGUAAGUUUUUUUAGUUUUUUUAUUCUGUUGUCUCUCGAGCUAUGGCUAAAAUAUUAAAACCACUGGCAAGGAAAAAAUACAAAAAAUAAAGACUCAGUGUGUUCAUAAGUAACGUUUAUUUAGGAGACAUUGUGGAGGCCUUACUCAUUUUUAAGAAAACCCGUACAGAUGUGUGUGUGUGUGUGUGUGUGUGUAUCAGCGAUGGCCGGAGGUCCAUCUGCUGCGGUUCUGUCAGUCACGCUUCAGCCUGAGUAUUCUAUCUGAUGGUACAUUUGGUUAAACAAUCAAUAAAGUUGUUUGAAAAAGA